GCGGCUACUCCCCUGCCAGUGCCUGCCUCCGAGGUCGAAGACCAAGGUCCCAGUGCUCGGAGAGGCGCGCGCCAGGACUGCGCGUCCUAAGCGCCAGGAGAGAGGGCUGGGAUUCUCGGGGUGCUAGGAGGAGAGCAGUCUGGGCUUCCGGGGGUCCCAGCAGCGAGGGCCGGCGGUCCCAGAACGCAGGGAGGCGCGAGCAAGGACGGGGCACCUAGUCUCCGGGGCUGGGACAAUCCGGGGAGAGGAGAAGCAGCAGAGGUCAUAUUCCCUAGUCAGAGUUUUUCAGUCAUGGGAGAAAAACAUUAUAUCAAAACGUUGAAGCUCCACAGGCUAAAUUCUUUCGACCGCUUCUAAAAGCUAUGCUACCACCUGAUACUUUUAAAGGAAAAGUGGCAUUUAUUACUGGAGGGGGUACCGGCCUCGGCAAAGCAAUGACAACUUUUCUGUCCACCCUGGGUGCACAAUGCGUGAUAGCCAGUCGGAACACUGAUGUUUUGAAAGCUACUGCAGAACAGAUUUCUUCUCAAACUGGAAAUGAGGUUCAUGCAAUUCAGUGUGAUGUGAGGAACCCUGAAAUGGUUCACAACUCUGUGAUGGAACUGAUCAGAGUAGCAGGACAUCCUGAUAUUGUGAUAAACAACGCAGCAGGGAAUUUUAUUUCUCCCACUGAAAGACUCUCUUGUAAUGCUUGGAAGACCAUAUCUGACAUAGUUCUAAAUGGCACAGCUUAUGUGACCCUGGAAAUUGGAAAGCAACUAAUUAAAGCACAGAAAGGAGCAGCAUUUCUUGCCAUUACAACAAUCUAUGCUGAGACAGGAUCUGGUUUUGUUGUACCAAGUUCUUCUUCCAAAGCUGGUGUAGAAGCUAUGAGCAAGUCUCUUGCAGCAGAAUGGGGUAAAUAUGGAAUGAGGUUCAAUGUAAUUCAACCGGGGCCUAUAAAAACCAAAGGUGCCUUCAGCCGCCUGGACCCAACUGGAGCAUUUGAGAAAGAUAUGAUUGACAGAAUUCCUUGUGGUAGACUGGGAACUGUGGAAGAGCUUGCAAAUCUUGCUGUUUUCCUUUGUAGUGAUUAUGCUUCCUGGAUUAGUGGUGCAGUCAUUAGAUUUGACGGUGGAGAAGAAGCAUUUAUUUCAGGUGAAUUCAACAGCCUAAGUAAGGUUACCAAGGAAGAGUGGGACACAAUAGAAGGACUCAUCAGAAAGACGAAAGGUUCCUGAGGUCACUCUGGCCUUCAUCCAAGACGUAGUCCUAAUGAGGGCCUAGAAAUGAUGCAAACUGACUAUAAUCUUUUGAGUAUUUUCAAUUCUAGUAAAAUUUUAAAAAACAAACAUUUGCUGACUGCGUGCUCUGCCAGGCCACUGGUAGCCUUUUGUGUAUUUAGAUGUAAAUAAGGGAGGAUCACCUCUUAAAAAAAUUUUUGUAAGUGCAGAGAGUGGGUAGAGUCUUUGCUCUGAUAGAGGUAAAAAGUGCUUUAAAGUACAGAGGGAGGAACAGGUUAUUUAUAAUUUGGAAAAUCAAGAGAAACCUAAAAGGGCAAGGUAGCAUUUCAGUUAUGUAUUACACCCUGGGUAUUAUAUGGUGUAAAAAGAAUGAAAUUAAAAGAUCUACCAUAAAUUUAAUGGACCCUACCUUUCCAGUAUAUUUCUUUUCAUUUAUACUUGUGAAUUAUCCUCUCUAGAUAGCUUUACAAUAACUCAAACCUUACAUUUUUAUGAAAACCUACUUUGUAGCCCAUAGUUCUUCUUUGUAGCUCUUCUCUCUGAAACUUCAAUAUCUAGAGGGAUAGAAAGACCUGUAAAUAAUCACAUAUGAUACAUUGUGAUAAACAUUAUUCCAGCAGUAUUAAGGUAUGGAGGAUGAAGUAGUAGUUCAUUUUGUCUCCUAGUUUAGAAAAAAUUGCACCUAUGACAUAGCCUUCCAUCUCAGCUCUAAAAGAAGAGACUUCUCUGCACAGAGAAGAUGAACAAAGCUCACAGAAUAUUUUGUGUAUAAUUUAAUUAAAUUUCAUGCUUGUAUUGGCUUGUUUGUAAUCCUGAGAAUCAGACAAUAAAUGUCCAAAGCCUUAAGUCUAAAAACUUACCAUUUUAAGCCUAUUAUUUUUAAAGUCCAUUUUGAAUUAAUAGGAAUCACUCAUCAUGUAUUUGCUAGACUGAUUAUCUCCACUGAGCAAUUUGCCGAGAGAAGGGACCAGCUUCCCUUUGUCCUCAUUUGAAAAGAUCUACAGAGGAAUUCAACUUUCCUAUUUAAAUGAUAUGCUGUAUGCCCUCAUGGGAACUCUUUAUACACUGACAGUUAAUUAUGUGCCUAAAUCAUUUCUAUUAUGGAUAAUGUACAAACAUGGAAAUGUUUUAGGUUUAGAAUAAGGAGACUUGCUGUUCCCUGUUUACUGGUCUUGCACACUUUUUUUGGCAGAGCUUUUAGUGCAGAUACACAGUCUCCAUUCACCUCUAACAUAAAUCUUUAUUUUUCAUUUCACUCAUUCACAUCUUUCUUCUUUUAUAAUUGUCAGUAUUUUUGUAAUGUUAAAAAAAAAAGUACCAAUAGUUAUAUGAUCUUGUAGCCUUCAUUACUUCUUAUUUUCUUUGUAAAAUGCAAGAGUGUACUAUCUGUAACUCUCUGCUUCAGGGUAUUGCUGUGAAGAUUAAAGCACACAAAUGAAA